AUGGCACCAGUGGCAGUUUCAAUCGAAGACAAAUACGACGCAUCUCAAUUCCAAUCGGCACACCAGGGCAAAACAAAGAAGGGCAGUUUCACUGUAAGUGAAGCAAACAAAAAACAAGCAUUAUACCCUGAAUACUUGCCCACAUGGAACCCCAACCAAAAAUUCCCACCAUAUAAGUUUCAGGAGUACCACGAUAAGGGUUUGCAAGGUGACAAGAACUACAAGAACUUGUUUCCAGCUGACAAAGACUAUCAGUUGAAGAGAAUGACUCCAAAGUUGGGAUCGGUUGUUGAAGGAGUUCAGUUGAGUCAGUUGGAUAAUGCAGGCAAGAAUGAUUUAGCUAGACUUAUAAGUGAUCGUGGUGUUGUUGUGUUUAAGAAACAAGAUUUCAACAGCCUUGGUCCUGAGUUUGCCGUCAACUUUAUGAAGUAUUUUGGUACUUUGCAUACACACCCAACAUCGGGAGCACCAGAAAACCAUCCAGAAAUGCACAUCACCUUCCGCGGUGCAUCACAACAGGAGAUUGAUUCUGUAUUUAAAACUACAUCAAAUUCCAUAUUGUGGCACAGUGACUGUUCCUACUCCCUCAAUGCCUUACAAUUGACGUUAUUUUCAUGUUUGCAACUUCCUGAAAGUGGUGGUGACACUUUAUUUGCAAAUACAGUUGAAGCCUAUGACAGGUUGAGUUCAGCAAUGCAAGAAAGAUUGGAAGGACUUCACAUUUUACACUCUUCAGUUGAGCAAGCUGAAGCCAACAAGAAGACUGGUGGAAUCACGCGAAGAGAGCCCGAAACUAAUAUUCACCCUAUCGUUAGAGUUAACCCAACCACAGGAAAGAAACACCUUUACGUGAAUAAAGAGUUUGGCAGGCGCAUUGUUGAACUCAAAAAAGAGGAAUCGGACUACUUGUUGAAUUUUCUUUACGACCACAUUGAAAGGGCCCAGGAUUUACAAAUUAGAGUGCUGUGGGAGCCAGACACAAUUGUAUUUUGGAACAAUGGAACCACUGUCCACACUCCAUGCGUUGAUUUUGACGAACCAGUUAUUAGGCAUGCUUAUAGGAUCAGUGCUAUGGGAGAAAGGCCAGUAUCUGAUUUAAAAUACUUGAAUGAUCCAAAUUAUUUGAGUGAAAAGUACAAGGAAUUGAAUAUUUAG